UACCAGAUGCUCCACCCUCGUUUUUACUAAAAUGAAGGUCGGGGUUUUCUGACUACCGAUUUUUUCUAAAUCUAAAAAUACCAUGAUUACACCAUUGCCAGGCUAAAAUCCCUAAGCGUGUCAGCUACUUCAUCUUCUAUCAAAAUGUCCCGGCCACAUUCACUACACCCGGAAGAGGAGGAUGUGAACGAGAGUGAGAAUGUAAUAAUAGUCCCUAUAGAUGGAUCAUUCAGCGAUGGGGAUAAGUCUACUUGGCCCACAGAAGCCAGGUUUGGCAUGCCGGAUGAUAGCAACUACCGGGAGAAAUUGGCAACAUUGUGGUUGCAAAAAACUGGAGCGUACGAAGAGGUGCUCACAACUCACUCGCUAUGCCUUUCCACACCGAUUUUCCUUCCUGAUCUAAAGUAUGCUAGAAGUCAUACUUGUGUACCCCUAUCUAUGAUCUCGUCGAAUCCUACCAUUCAAGGGAUGCGAUAUAUGAUCGACCGCUUACCAGAUGGUUACGCCCUUUUCGACAGGCCGCGUGGAACGGACCCUACCAUUCGUGAUCGGUUCCUUUGGGGUCAUCCAAUUGGGCAAUACUUCCCCUCAACGAUUCAGUUUUUCCCGCAUUUCUACCGCUUAAUGACAGGAGGAUCUGACUCUUGUUCUUGUAUGCUUUGUGUGAAAAUGGCCAAGCGUGAAAAAGCCAUAGUAGAUGGUGUCGCCCCACGAGGCCGAAGGCCAGGGAGACCCCCUGGAAGUCAAAACGUUGUCAGGCCUGUCGACAUGCCCCCGAGAAGGCCACCUGGACGACCACGAGGAAGGCCUGCAAUAAACUUACCUAGAAGGCCCGGACGGCCCCCCGGCAGACCACCUGGUAGGUCUGCCGGGGCAGGUCUGCGCUCUGUCCUAGACGCCGAAGGCACGCCAGAUGUGUUUAAGAUGUCUGUGAUGAAGCUCAAAGUCCAUGGCGUCCUGGACGAGGGGAUCAAAGAGACAGGAAGUAUGGAUUGGAGAGCAGAACGGAGCGCACUCGAUGAGUAUAUCGAACAAUUAGGCAUGCAGCCUUCCUACGUUCCUCGGCCGGGAGAAGUCGUACUCUGGGCGCCGGAUUAUCAGGGGGAACUGGCGUGGAACCAGGAAACCAUGCGCAUCCAGAUAUAUUCCCCUGGCCAAGACCAAUGGCUAGGAACCCCCGAAUGGCGGGCUGGUGUCGUUGGCCAAACCCCAGAAGAAGACCCUGUCCUUCAGGACUUAGUCGAGACAGCGUCUAAAAAGUGGGGUGUUAACUACUCAGGCUUUCGCGUAGAGACCUUUCCAGACCCACUUAGCUACGACAAAAGCUACUCAUUGCAGUACAAAUACGUUCAUUUGAAAUGUAUCAAACCUUUCAAUGCAUACGAACUGUUUUUGCAAGGGAUUCCGCGCGAAAAUUUACACCCUUCCAUCGCAUAUGCGAUGACGAUAAUGUCAUCAUUCAGUCUGCUCGACAAGUACCAUUUUAGAGGAGCUUGGCCGGACGCAGCAAUCUAUUGCCGAGGCAUUUUCAUUGGAGCGGAGCUCUUAAUUAUUGGAGAUGCUGUCCGCUUGAAACCGAAUACCCAAUCCUUGUUAGAAACCGGUGGGGCUGUUGAGGACAUUAUGGUCAUUGACGAAAUACGGCUAGAGCUUAUCAAUUGCGUGGAUGAAGCCCGGUCGGACCAGUUAGCAGAGCAAUACCAAGUUCGCAUUGCAGGAAAGGUCUAUACGAGUACUCCCCGGAGAGCCAACGCUGGGACUGGCAGGCUGAGUAAACAAUUGCCUAUGAAACCCGAGGAGGUCAUCGAUGUUUUCCAGUCGGUUGGCAUGGGUGGAUAUGGAGAUUGGUACAGGGUGUGGAGAGGAGCAACGGUGGAGGUCUCGCAGGAUAUGAUUCUUGGUCGAUGUUACGACCCUGACGCUAUGGAUCUCUUGUAUGGCUCUCGCUCACUGGGGCUAGAUCUAAUGGGAAUCAUUGAAGGGAGGGAAUAUUCACGAAAAGUCGAUGAACGAAUCCCGGAAGGAAAGAACUGGUUUUGGGGUGACUUUCGAACCCAGACACUGGCGAUUGAUACACUUAAUGGCGAGGAUGUCGGCUAUUACAGUGAGGUACGCGAACUCAAGAUGUGGAGAGCAAACCUCAGAGUCCUCGAUGGCACCGCAGAUUCAGCAGAUCUCCGCGAAGCUAGAAUCCCCGGCGAUGUUGGUCGGCCCUCUACGAAGUUUCGGUCGAACUUUGCGGAGGUUGGUAAGACCAGCAAGCUAGUCAGCACUGGUCUUGGAGGUGCCGAUGUGAGCAACCCAGUGAGCUCCGAAGAAGGGCUCAACCCGCCAACUGAGGAAGAUACCUCCGAGCCAGAGGAAAUCUUUCCGUUGCGUAUAGAUCAGCUUCGAGGAGGUACAGAUGAGUCAGAGGGAUGGUGAUUACAGGCCAGAAGAUGUGCCCUAGGACAAACAGCCCAUACACGAAUUCUGACCACGGCUACCUCAGACCUUUUUUCUUGCCGAUAUUAAUUUUUCCCCCGACAUACUAUAGCGUCAAGGGCUUCUUCUACUUUGAUACCGGGCGGCCUUUUUCUUUGCGCGAUGCCUAGCGUAGAACUUAGGUGCUGACUAUUGAAUUAUUUGUGAGCACGAUGUCCCUCUAGCGUUCUGCGCCUCAGCCAUGGUUUUCUAAUUUU